UCGUGAUGAAGGAUUACAGUAUCAUUGCGUUGUUGCUUACGCUUCUUGCGCAGAAACCGUAUGAUCCUAUGCUUACUGAUGAACCGUUUAAUGAAUACGAUUUCAUCGUUGUGGGGGCUGGCACAUCGGGCGCUGUUGUGGCUAGUAGGCUAUCUGAAAUUCCCGAAGUUACUGUCCUACUGCUUGAAGCUGGAGACACGGAUUUUGGUAACCAUUUGGUCAAAUACCCAAAUAGUUUUAACAAGUUACAGCGAACAUCAGUAAACUGGAAUUAUGACAUUGUUGAUCAAAAACAUUCAUUUCUUCAGAUGGAAAAGCCAUCAAAGUACCCUCGAGGUAAAAUUUUGGGAGGAACGUCAUCGAUUAACGGAAUGGUGUACUUGAGAGGAAGUCCACAUGACUAUGAUUCCUGGCAAGAUCACGGAGCAAAGGGAUGGAGUUGGAAGGAUGUCGAAGUAUUUUUCAAAAAAGUUGAAAAUGCCGUUGGUGACGAAAUAUCAGACCGUUUAGGCCGCGGAGGAAUGCUUAAUGUUAGCCGUGGUUAUCGAAGUCAAAUGUAUGACAAGUGGAUAAAAGCCGGGAAAGAAAUUGGCAUCAAAGAAGUAGACUAUUUUGAAGAAGUAGAAGGAAUAUCCAGAUUGGUGUGUACCUAUUAUGAAGGAAUAAGACAGUCAUCUUCCGAUGCGUUUUUACGUCCUGUGUAUGAGGAAAGAAAAGACCGUCUUCACAUUGUGACAAAUGCACGUGUCGGUAAAGUGCUUUUUGAUACUGAUGAAAAUGGCAAACUAUCGGCUAACGGUGUAACCUACAUUAAAAAUGGGAAAGAGAAAAUUGUAAAAGCACGAAAGGAAGUUAUUCUAUCCGCGGGAGUGAUAGAAACUCCACAUAUUUUGAUGUUAUCUGGGAUCGGCCCCAAGAACCACUUGGAGGAUAUGAUGAUCAAGGUUGUAGUGGAUGCUCCUGGUGUUGGAUCUAACAUGGAAGACCACUUCAAUAACCCAAUAUAUUUCAAACUGAACAGUCCACGGUAUUAUGGGCAGACAAAGAAUUCGAUGAAAGAAUAUAUUUUAAAUGGAACUGGAGCUUUAUCCACAAUAGUUGGAAUAGAUGGAGUUCUUCAUCACAGAACAAAAUACUUUGGAACUGACGUUAGCUUGAGUACAAAGAAACGACCAUUUCCGAUGAUUGAAGCAUUGUUUGUUCCAUUUCCAUAUCCUAUUGUUUUCUCUACUCACGAGAAGCCUGCGUUUCACUCUGGUGCUGUAUUAUAUCUUCAACAUCCAAAGUCAAAAGGAACGAUAAGUUUGAAUUCAACGAACCCAUUCGACCAACCGAUUAUUGAUCCUAAUUAUUUAUCAAAUCACGAUGAUGUAAAGAUUCUUAUUGAAGGUUUCAGGCAAUUAGAAAAGUUUGAAAUGACAGAGACAAUGAAGGAAACUGGUUUUACAAUGGUCGUGCCUGAUGUUUGCAAUGGGCAAAUGAACAAAAAUCCUCCCAGGUCCGAUGAGUUUUACGAAUGCUACGCGAGAUCUUUUAGUCGCGGAACACAUGCAUGUUGCACUGCAAAAAUGGGAGAUAAGGACGACAAAAUGGCUGUUGUUGACGAAAGACUCAGAGUACGUGGAGUUCAGGGACUGAGAAUUGCAGAUGCUUCAGUAAUGCCCCACAUCACGUCGUCAAAUACUCAGGCUCCUUGUUAUAUGAUUGGUCAAAGAGCAUCAGACAUGAUUAAGGAAGACUGGAGUUCAAUAUGAUGUGGAAUAAUAAUCGUGGACUAUCAUGUUGUUGUAAAACCUGAUAGUAAUAAAUUGGCAAAUCACGUUUCCAAUCAUUUCACUUACAUAAUGAUGAUUGUUUGGAAUUAACUUUGAAAUAUGACGAAAGUUCGCUUAGUGCAAGAUGCAAACUACUCUCCACGGUAGAUUUAUCAAAUGGAUAUUUUUAAACAUUGGUUUUGAUGUGUAUCGAAUAUGUGUAUUAUGUCUAUACCUGAGCACUAACCUUUGAUUCGUGUCUAUUGAUGUUGUGUUAUAGGAAUGACAUUAUCUAUUGGUGUUUCCAUCUGGAAUGUCUUCUGUUUGGAAUGUGAAUAAAAUCUGGUAUCUGGUCCUCGGGAAA